CCCGGUCGUAUUAUCUAGCCUUAGGCAGGAAUCAGUGCCCCUCUAGCGCACGAAGUCAAGUCACAGGUACCCUUGCAAGUAGAAAAUAAAUUGUCUCAUUCUGAAUACCUGGUAUUGGCGUGGGAUGGAAGACUCGAAGGGUCAUCCCUCGUAGUUGUCUGAGACCAUGGCACGUGUUUGUCUCACUGGAUUUACAGCAGAAGAAGACAUCAAUGGAUAUUGUUCUACAAGAGAGGCCGAGCUCGAGGGAUAUCCGAAGUUCUGGAGGGGUAGUUCUGGGAAUCAACAGUAUGAGCGAUAUACUCGUCCACGGUCCGGAAGUAAUCUAUGGCGCAUAUCGUAGGCUAUGUCACCGGCUACCGGAAGAGCAAUCACGACUCGCGCAGAGGAUUCAAGCCAUGACACGAAGCAACCGCCGCGUUGUGGAAGAACAAUGACAGCGAUUAUUCUUCAGUUCGAUCCAUCACCGAGGGGCUCAAUUCUCAGGAUGGUGCUCAGCAGCACUCAUGGCAACACGGGCAGUCUGAUACCCACAGAAGCCCUGAAGCCCACCGUGUGCGGGCGUACGGGACGGAGAGAAUGAAUUUUCCAGUUUUAAAACGCGGAAAGAGCAGCCUGGAAGAACUUUUUUUUCCCCUACCAAUUUUUUUCAGCGGAUUCCACAAUAAUCGUCGGUCCAAGUGGACUCGCAGCAUUACUUUUUUCUUCCUACUGCCGGCGGUUCCUCCACUCCCUCUGCGGAUUUAGCAUUGGUUAUUAUUAUUUUCUGCUGCCUUUCACUGUGUGCUUUUCGCUCUCCCUCUUGAGUUCGUCACCCCUCUCCUCUUUUCCCCUCCUCGUUCCCCUCAACUCCCUGCAUUUCUUCUCCCCCUUCACCUGCUCGUGUCGUCAACACUGCCGUCAUCUCCGUUGUUGGCGUCUGUGUUGUUGCACUCGCCCGUGCUCAUUCCUCAGUGCACCGCUGCCGGGUUUCCCCUUCGCACCUCCGUCCUGUAACUUGCUUUACCGGGCCUUUUUCUCUCUUCUACUUUCUUUUUCCUGCCCUGAAUUUGGAAAGGGUAAAUUGAUCAGUUGAUCUCUUCAAAUUUAUCCCUUCUCCGCACAGGUUCCAUCUUCUGAACUGUUUCUGGCGCGCCUUCCGACUUUUUUUUUCGCCAGUCCUUGCCUUGAAGUUUCCGUUCAAGCAAUCGCGACUGUCUACGCUUCCCAAGGCGCGACAGAAUCUCCAUCUUGUUCUUGACAUUACGACCUGUCUUCUAUCUUCUCGAUCGAUUCCGGACCUCCUGCUCGCUUUCUCAACAAGGGGACCUUGAUAUUUUCGAACGUGGAAUUCGCGUGUGCCUCGCUCCGAUCCUGCAACUACCAUCCAGUAUUUCCGCGGCAAUCCUUCCGAUGCGAUUUGCGUGAAACACUGGUAUCUUCAGCAUCAGGAUAUUUGGGCAGAAGGAAUACCGUUUCGGGGACCUUGUUAGAGCGAACAUAACGUCCCUCUUAUCGAGUUCAACCAAUAUUUACCCGCUACUCAACAACAAGAGUGAAUCUUGCAACGGGAAAUCGCAUCUUGGUGGGGCUCUAGAAGGUGGAAGUUUCUACUUCUGAUUUCCAGCAGUGUUGGAACAGCUCACAUAUUGCCUGUGGUUGUAGUUGCCUACGGCGGUUCCCGUUCUCUGGAAGAACUGUUCUCGAAAACUUUUAGCACGGACAUUUAGAUUCUCGUUUAUCCCUUCAACCUACAGAAAAAAUGGCCGCCACAUUUUCUUACGCUCAAGCAGCCAAGGGCAUUGCCUCAACGCAACCGUCCAAGACACCAUCCGAGUCUACUACCCCAGUCUCAAAGUCCGACGAGCAAGCCUCGAUCGACAGCCUACAGACCAGCACAGAUGCUACAGCACCCAAGACUGAGGAAGUCGAUAUCGUGGCUGUUAAUGGUGAGAAUGAUGCAACACCAGCCGAUUCCAAGGCAGACGUCUCCGGCCCUCCUUCGCCGAAGGCUAGCACCGCUCAAACUUCCACAACAUCGAAAGAUGACGAAGCCUCAGCCGCCCCGAGUGGAAAUUCCGAAUCUACCUGGGACAAGCAGUCUCAGGCGUCAGGGUCAGACAAGCAGAACGCCACAGAAGGCAACAAGAAAAAAUCUGAGAAGGAGAAGCCCGCGCCUCCCAAAGAGCUCAAGGCUGCCCCUUUACCCGCUGUGAACAUUUGGGACAAGAGAAAGGAAGCUUUCAACGCUACCGCGGUGUCAAAACCUGUUGCUGCUAAGGCGGGAAUUCCCAAGUCCACGUCUGAGAACUCUCCCGCUCCCGCGGACGCUCAGGAACAGUCAAAGGCUGCGUCCAAGAAGAAGGGUGGCGAUGCUUCUGAUAGGAAGAAGGGCGAUGGAGCCAAGGGACGAGAGGACGGUGCUCCUGUUCCCCCGGUUGCAGAUACUACUUUGUGGCCGACUCCCCAAGGUGCUCAGGGCGAGGAGAAGAAGAAGGUUCAGGACCAGUCAGAUAAAACUGAGAAGAGCCCCGCGAUUCGCCCUCACGGCAAAGAGAAGUGGGUUCAGAUGGCCUACGUUCCCACUGCUGUCUUCAACACUCCGCUGCCAUCCGCUGCGCGUAGAGGCGGAAGAAGCGCCCGUGGCGGAAGAGAUACCACUCGCAAUGGCGCUCAUGGCGCUUCCGAAAAAUCUUCUCCUGGCCAAGCCUCCGCUCCCAAGCAAACCGCUUCUGGUGAUCGAGGACGGAAUGAGCCUAACUCUGCUCGUGCCAACUCAUUACCCGCGCCUUCAAGGCGUUCAAAUAGCGCCGAUACUGCUCCUACAGAUGCUCGCAAGGCCCCUGUGACCGACCGAACUCGUGGUCCUAAGGGAGUGGAUGGUUCCGCUGCCAAGCACAUCAACGGCGAGGCCUUUCCCCGUAAUGCCAAGCCCUUCCCUAGAAACCACGACGGAUCUCACAAGGGAGGCGAAAAGAACCCCCAACUGUCGGUGGAUACCCAUAACGGCACCCGCCCCAACACUCGUUUUGAGAAUGGCCCCAAGACUGCAGACUUCCCUGGAUUGCAUUCUGACCGCAAGGACAAGGAGUUCUCCCGUGAACCCCGUACCGAGAGAGGCAGGGGUGGUCAUCGUGGCCGGGGAGGUGGCCAUGCUGGUUACAAUGGCGCUCAGACUUCGCAUUUCCCUAACAACCACAUGGCUCCUCAGUCUUACAUACACCCUAAGUUCGGUUACAACGAUCGUCGUGGAUCUCACCUUACCAACGGCUCACGCGGUCACCCCAUGACCAUGAGGUCUCCUUCAUUACCCAACUCGAACACGAUGUACAACAUGUACCCUUACCCCCCGGAAAUUAACACCAUGUAUGGUUACCCAACGAUGCAAACUGGGCCCAUGUCCGCUGUUCCUUUCCAAUCAUACGAGUACCCCAUUGUGAACAUGCUUUCGAUGCAGCUGUAA